AUGAAGAAAGCAAUUGUCAUUGGCGCUGGUGCCUCAGGACUCAAAGCUGCCUACGACCUUAAUCAGAACGGCAACUUCGAGGUUACCGUGCUUGAAGCCGAGUCCCGGGUUGGCGGCCGGAUCAAAACCGACCACAAGCUGUCUGCUAUUGGCAAUCACUAUGACUUGGGAGGAGCCUGGUUUCAUGAUUCUCUUAACAACCCCGUGUUAGACUUGGGGAUGGAACUUGGUGUGAUUUCUAUCGAAAAGGGCACCGCGUACUAUGACGACAAAGAUCGGCUUUACUUCGGUAGUGAGGGUCACAUCGAUGUGGUGAACAAUCGAGCUAACCGCGUGGUAGAGGAGAUGUUCCAAUUCAUUGGUGGCGUCUUUCAAACUGCCCCCGACACUCCCGAUACCUCAGUCAAGCAAAUGGUGGAUGAGUACUUCAAGCGCUACCCUCAUCGUCACACUGAAGAACAGCGUCAACUAGCUCGUCGAUUGGCGAGAUAUUUGGAAUUGUGGUCAGGCGUUAGCUGGGAUCGAAUGCUGGCCAAGUCAGCCCUGCUUGAGCUCGAAGGGCGCAACAUAUACAACGUCCACGGUUACGACUUUCUCGUCAACCAUCUCUCGAAACCUUUAGAAGGUAAAAUCCGUACUGGUGAGAAGGUUAUCGCCAUUGAUCGGUCUAAAUCUCCCGUUGUUGUGACUACAGAGAAGCUGACUUACGAAGCUGAUUACGUGGUGGUGACGUUGCCCUUGGGAGCAUUGAGACAAUUGCCCGAACAAGGUGGGGUUGAAUGGUCUCCAGCUUUGCCAAAAGCGUUGCAAGCUAGCAUUGAUGGGGUUCAUAUGGGAGCAUUGGGUAAAGUGGUUUUAGAAUUCGACCAGGCAUUCUGGGAUGUCAACCAGGACCAAUUUGUCAUUCUUCCCGAUGAAAACUUAGCUAAGGAGACUGGGAAAUUGACGGGAUUACCUCCUCCAUUUACUUAUGGUACCGUCAUUGUCAAUUACGCAGCCGCCGGGAAAAAGUUGAAUAACAACCCCGCCUUAGUCUGUCUUACACAACUGCCGUUCACCGAAUGGAUUGAAAGUCACCCUGAUCAAGCGUGGGACUAUUUUGGCCCUGAGGUGGAGAAGCUUGCAGUUGACAAGGUAAAGUUUACCAAACCAACUAAUAUCAUCGUCACGAACUGGACCCAGAACCCUCACUUCAAUGGUGCCUAUGCUGCCCCUUACGUCGGGGAAGACAUGGUCCCCUUAAUUGCUCAAUUAAGUGGUGAGCACGAAGGUAUGGGUCUUGGGCCAGCAAUCGAAUUUGCCGGCGAACACACCAUCUUCCAAGCCACAGGGACAAUCCAAGCAGCGUACUUGAGCGGGGAGCGGGCCGCCAAGCAUAUCAUUGAUCACAGUGGUCAUCUGAACUAA